AUGAAUUUCGCGCCGUAUCAGGACGAAUCUCCCGAGUUGGAGCGUGCUCUUUCUCCGCCUCCAAACAACAAAGGUCGAGUGUCAUCUGACACGCCGCGCGUCCGAUCGCCAGCUCCAGGGCAUGUUCCAUCUCCUACGCCUCGUGCUGCCUCCGAAGCCAGGCCCCUACCUCCCCCAAACCUUGUUGGGAACAGUAACUUUGCGACAAGAUUUGUUGGAUCCGCACAAGAAAGGGGACAAAGUCUGGAGGCUUUCGAAACCAGUCUUCCUAUGAGGAUGGACUACGAAGCCAUGCUGGCAUAUUUGUUGCUCCCUCCAGCCGGGGGCGUCUUCCUUCUCAUAUUCGAACAUAAGAGUGACUACGUGCGGUUCCACGCCUGGCAGUCCAGUAUGCUCUUCUCGGUCAUAUUCAUCCUACACCUGCUCUUAUCCUGGUCCCAAGUUCUGUCAUGGAUGUUGUUUACGAUUGAUUUGGUUCUGAUCGGCUUUCUGGCUCUGCAUGCUUACCGGGAUGUGGACAAUCUCGACCAUUUCGAAGUGCCCUUUUUUGGUCCACUUGCGAACUCAUUCGUUGACAAUGAAUGA